UCGUGUCAGAAGUCAAAAGACCGUGGCAUCACGAUGGACGGCUUCCUAUUUUCGAUUAUCCUGGCUGCCGUUUCUCAGACAAUAGCAUAUAAUGUAUUUCCAACUGCAACUACUAAGGAAUACAUAGACGAACGAUUAAAGGCAACGAAGGUUCAAAUUGCCAAAGCUUACAUACAAGAAGCGGAACCAGUGGUAAUCAAAACAUACAAUAUACAAUGCGAACGAUUAUGGAGGGAUCCAUUAAGCACUAAGCAUCCGAUGGCGAUCAAUAUGUUCGACAAAACAUUUAUUUUGGAUGAUCAUCGUAUUCUAUCUAUUGCCUUGGACACUUCUCCACGAAGAAACUCCACGUUAAAUGAAAUUGCAGUAAUUCGUCAAGAAAACGUUGUCAAAUUUGUCCGAAGCAUUAAAUGGAAAUCGGUAAUGUACUUCUUAAUAUGUCAUGAAAUGGGGUCAUGCUGCAUUUAUACCAGUCAAGAUGAUUUUAACUUGAUACAUCGACAAAAUAUCCGACACGUAGGUCUACCUACGGAUGCGGCUUUCUUUAUUCAAUCCAAUCGUCUCUACCUUGUCAUUGCCGACAAUGCCGAUCAAUUUCCGAUACCUUCUACAAUUUACCAUUGGACUGGCACUUACAUGGACAUUACCUGCGAUGUACUGACAACCGGUGCAGUAUCCGUAACAACGUUGAGACACAAACGUUCCACGAUUAUUGUUUUUGCACAAAAUCUCAGAGGAAAUCCAAAAAUAGGUUCUGAGGUCUUCGUCUUUAAACACAAUUACGCCGAGAGAAUACAAUACCUCGCUACCGAUGGACCUGUUUUUAUUGAAAGUUAUUCCCACGGGGGUUACAAUUUUUUGCUUGUAGUAAAUGAAGCGGCCCCGAGUGAAGUGUACUGGUGGGAUGGAAGAGAAUUAUUGAAUUGGAUGAAAGUCCCAGACAUCCAAUCAGCGAGUCUGGUCAAAAUCCUUCACGUCGCCGAUGAUACAUUUUUCUUCGUCUCCCGCGGGAACUCUCUACAACUAUACAAAUUUAUGCAUGUGGCUUACUCACGUCUAGAACUGUGUGACGUGAUAUACAGAGAAAGAAUCGUCGAUAUGGGAGUUUGGGCAGAAGGAUUGAACAUUACUUUGGUGCUGGUCACCAUGAAUUUUACUAUGUACCAGGUUGAGCCAUGGAGAUUGGAGAUCAAAAAGUCUGUUCAAGAAAAUGUAACGAAACAAGUCGACGUUGCAGUCACGUGUUUGACAGAACUCUCUGACCUCCUAGAAAACACGACCUCAAAAAUCGAAAGCAUUCUGCACUUAUGGCCUUCCAUUUAUCCAUCUGCCGAAAAUGUCAGCAUACCUGUACCUUUAUCUGUCAAUAAUUUGAUCAUAGAGGCUGGGAACAUUUCCAACAUAAUAAUGUCCAACCCCGCGGCGAUAACACCCGAAGAUAUAGAACGUCGUUUUACAAAUCUCAGCUCCUUUGCGAGUCAGUGUUUAAAGAGUUCCGAAAAAACACUCCAGUAUGGAAAAUCAAAUAUUUUAAUAGGAAAUAUUACGGUUGAAUCCGAUGUUUUUUUCAAGGAACUCUCUAUAAAUUCGCUACACACUGAUUCUCUAAAUCAUAAAGCAGUGAAUGUAACAGACGCCAUAUCAUCCAGAAAACCACAAACCUUUUCAAGCCCGUUACGCGGAAGGCUGUUAACCGUACACGAAUUGUCUGUAGACUCGUUGUGUGGAAUUCCCUUCAAUUAUUGGCAAUUGGAAAACGACACGAUGAGUACUCUCAUUAACGAACAAGGUGCAAACAUCGAUAUCCAAAACGAUACGAUCUUGGUACAAUCAGAUCUUUCGUUAGGUAAUUUAGGAGUGGAAAAAUUGAAUCGAUUAAACGUAAAUGCAUUUUUGAAUGACUUGUUCAUAUUUGGAUAUCAGCAGCACAUCAAAGGAAACGUUACGUACACGGGAUUAUUGCAAGUGGUAGAUUUCACAACACAGACUUUGAAUGAAAUUCCGGCAGCUGAACUUAUUACUAGAACUACGGUACAAAAUUUAAAAAAUGUUUUCAUCAAAUCUCUUAACGUUACUGAUCUCAUUGCUGAUACCGUAAACGGAGUUCCAGUUUCAGAGGCUGCUAGAAAGUCAAAAGAAAAUAUAGUGAAAGGCCAAGUGACAAUAGGAAAACUGAGAGUGACAGAGGUCCUCGCUGUUAACAGCGAUACUCAAUUGCCCAUAGCGCCGCCUGUUCAAGUUUAUGACGACGUUACAAUUUUAGGAGACCUAUUUGUCAAUAAUGUUACCUUUGAACAAAAAGGUUCUCUUAUCCUUAAUGAAUCUAAAAUAAGUAUCGAAUCAUUAUUUGAUUCAAGCUGGACAAAAUCAACGGAUCAGACGAUAAACAACAUAGUAGUCUUUGAAAAUGGGGUUACUAUCGAUGAUCUAAAUGCAACAUACUUGAACGGGCAUACUGAAAAUGAAUUUAUAUACACGACAGCAAAAGAAAUUCCGGACCUUCUCAGCCAUUUACAUUUCGAAAACCUAAGAAUUGGUUCACUGUUGGCUUCUGAUGCUGGAUCAAAUGGUUUUGUAUUUAAUGAUGAUUCCAUCGUUGUUAACGAACCGUUACAACUGGAAGGAUUAUUCGUUGAAAAUUUAUAUGCUGAGGUAUUCAACAGUAUAUCGAUGAAUGAUCUAAUAGAAGCCACCUCACCAUUGCAUUUGAAUAAUCGUACCUUCAAACGGAUUGUGGUGAACGAUACGAUUCUUGUACAAGACUUAAGCUUUCAACUUUUUAAUGGAUUUAAUAUAUCUGAUAUUAUGGAACAAACACUAUUCCUAAAUGAAAGUUACAAAAUGGGUAAUCUUACCCUACCACAGCUUCAAGUUGAUAAGCUUCAUGUCCAUGAAAUAGACGAUAUCAGAUUCACAGACUUGUCUAAUUUGGUCAAUACAAUAGAUAUGGGGAAGCUACAACAUUUAAGUAUCGAUGGAUCUUUAGAGGUGGAAGAUGAAAUGGUCGUUAAUUACAUAAACAACGAUAACGUGACACAAUAUUUGCGGAAUCUAGCACGAAAUGAAAUCGUUGUACCCUCUCAAAACACAAUUUUUGACAAUAUAGUUAUUCACGGUAACUUGACGGUCAACCAAUUGCAAAGUGUCAACUUAGAGUACUUGGUACAAAAUAGUUUCUCUAAGUCUCGGCCUCAAAAAAUACCAGGAAGCGUUUCUAUUCAGAUGCUAAAAACUCACAAUCUCAAUACGAAACGCAUAAAUCAACAGGAUGUCGCGAAAUUGAUUUUUGCGGACGGACCACUGAUUUUCGAAGGGAAUGUUACUUUUUUAAAUUUAUCUGUCAAGGAUGAUGUAUCUGUAAGACAUAUAAAUAACAAUAAUAUUACACAGCUUUAUCAGGAGUCUCAGUAUCUUCCAAUAUCAAGAGUGUCGAACUUAACUGUAUUUGGAAAUAUGUCUUGGAAGGAACCAUUGAAAAAAUCCAAUAGUUUAACACAUCUUUUUGAAAAUGCUGUGACGAAGGAUACAAAUCAGCACAUUGGUGGAGAAGUCACAUUUGAUGGCAAUGUUGCAAUUUCUUCGGCCUUUAGUAGUACUGGAGAUCUUGGUCAUCUUAAUAUUCUGAAAAUAAUGUCAGAUGCCGUCAUUUCUGGAGACGGCCCAUUAACAAUUGGAGGUCAGAAGAUAUUUAAGCAAGGUGUCACUGUGAACUCCUUAAAUGUAGACAGUAACAUCGACAUUGCUUUCGUCAACACUUUUAAUAUGCAGCAUUUGAAUUCAUCUAUUGUUCGAAAAUUCAGUAAUGAAACAGUGGUGGGAAAAACGACGUUCUUACAAGAUAUCACUGCUAAUAAAUUUAUCGUAAAGGACAGCGUGCACGGAUCGCCUGUAAAAGGUCUCAUGAUAUCAUCUGACACUUUACCAAACACAACUGUCUUUGAGCACCUCAUCGUUCGAGAUUCUGUUACCUUAGAAACAUUAGAUGGAAUAAAAUUUGAUGAUUUUAUAAAUAAUAGAGUAACUCUUCGUGGAAACCAUGAUGUUUUUGGCGAUGUGCAGUUCAAUGACCAAGUGGACGUUACAAAGAAAAUGACAGCGGUAUCCAUUAACAAGAUCAUACCAAGCGAAUUGUUCAUUAAUGGUAGCAAAGAAGAGCAGAUAAUUUCUGGUUCAACCACGUUUUCUGAAAACCUUAUUGUUCAGGGUGAUUUAUUUGCUGAGAUGGUAAAUAAUGUAAAUUUGGCAGAAGAGUUUAUCAAGGGAGUUUUUAAUGAUGAGAACGUUGAUAUUUAUGGAGACAUUGUCUUCGAGACACCCGUAGAAAUAACAAACGCAAGUAUAUCUGGCUUAAUCAAUGGAAUAAAUUUGCACAAUAUAAUUGGAAACCAAAGUGUCCAAGUUGAGGAAGCUGUCCAAGUACUGAAAGAAAGGGAAGCGUUAAUUGAUGCCAUGGUGUUGCGGUCGUGGAAUAUUUCUCAGCACUUGUCUAAUCGUUUCUUUUAUUUAGACAGUGAAAAGAAUUUAGUAAUUGAGGUGCCAAAUAUUCAAAAGGUUGAUGUCAUUCAAAUGGAAACAAUUACCAGGCUCAGCAUGUUUGGCCAAAAAAAUGGAAGUCACUGCGGUUUGCCAGAUAUUUGUUCUUGUAGAAUUCAGUAUUUUGCUGAAAUUUCGGAAAAGGAUUGCAAUGUGUGGUCAAUGAAUAGUCCUCAGAUCGUAUUCAACUUCUACCAGCCGAACAAUGCUUUUGGAAUAAAUGUUGCAACGAAUGCAGUUUCAAGGAGUGUCUACUGUACAGGAAAAAACUUGAAAAAUGAAAGUACUACAAUUUCGUGGGUCAAAUUAGAAGACGACGAUUAUAAUUUAGCAGAAAUCAUAAAAAGAAGAUCCACCACAGUAGAAGGAUACUUAAGCGAUGUUAAGGUAUUUACGUACAAUGAUAUUGUAUACAUCGUGCUUGCUGUGUACUAUAAUGCAAGACAAGAAAAUCAAUCACACGUUUUGAUAUAUGCAUUAAACUUAAUGGAGGACAAAAUAUCUUUCGUGCAAGAAAUUGUAAAUGAUGGAGUAUGGGCUGUUGACCUGUUCAAAAUUCCUGAUCGCGGAGCUUAUCUCUUAAUAGGAUGUGCUGGAUAUCUUGCUGAAUCUCUUCUUUAUAAAUACCAGCCUGGCGUAGCUCAGUUUCAGUUACUGAGAACCUUUGCAACCGGCGGCAGUCGUUUUGUGAAGAAUGUAGUAUAUGGUAGAGAUUACUUCGUCGUUUUAGACGAUCCGUCAACUAACUCUGCUCAAAUUUUUCGAUACGAUAUGAAAUCUGACAAUUUCUACAGCUUUCAAAGUCUUUAUCUUGGCAACCCUAUUAGCGGCAUUGAAGUUUUUUAUGCAGGCGAAUUUGGUAACAGUGAUGCUUAUGUAAUUUUGAUAACGGGGAACGGGCAAGUCUUCAUUUAUGAGUACAUGCUCUUAGGAAAGUUUCAAUUGAAAUCACAUCACUGGAGAGAUGGCAUUCAAACAAUGGUACCAUUUAAUUUCAAAGAGCGGCGAUACAUGUUCGCAGGUACAAAAACGAACAGUAGUAUUCUUAGAGUCCUCUAUCAGGGGCCACCCUGAAUAAAUAAUUCCUCUACAAUGUAGAAAUAGAUAAAUAUCGUAAAUUAUACAAUACCAAGUAUUUUGUAAAUUUCGGUAGAUAUUACCGUGAAUGUGAUGUUAUAUUAUUUUAUAAUCUUCGAGAAUCUCUAAUGUAAUUCGUUCACGUGAACAUUGUUAAAUUUACACGAGUCUGAAUUUUUACUGAAAAUGCAUGCGAUUGUAUAACUGUACAUAUGGAAUGUAAUAUAUUU